AUGAAAUUGCAACUCGCUUUGGACUCAAGCAAUAGUCAAGAAGCCAAACGCAUCCUUGAGAAAGUUAGUGAUCUCGUGGAUAUUGUCGAGGUCGGCACACCUCUGCUCAUGAAAGAAGGGGUAAAGGUUGUUACGGAGAUCAAGAGUGCCUAUCCUCAGCUUGAGGUGCUAGCGGAUCUCAAAAUCAUGGAUGCCGGCGAUAUUGAGGCAAGCAUUGGAUUUGAAGCGGGGGCAGAUAUUGUGACAGUGCUUGGAGUGGCGCAUGACGUUACGAUUGGCCGCGCUGUGAACCAAGCCCGUACCCUCAGUAAGAAGGUAAUGAUAGACCUGAUAGCGGUCAGUGAUGUUCGAGCGCGCAUAGAUCAGAUUGAUGCCAUUGCUCCAGACUACUGCUGCGUCCAUACAGCCUUUGACCUCCAAGACCACGGUAUGGAUCCCCUGCGAGAAAUUCAACUCGUUCAAUCCGCUCUGAAGCGGACGCAGAUGGCGGUGGCGGGCGGGAUAAAUCCGGGGAUCUUGCCAGACAUUCUUGCCUAUCAUCCGGCGGUUGUCAUUGUGGGCGGUUUCAUCACAAACCAUCCAGAACCCCGUCAAGCGGCUCUCCAAAUCAAAGAAUUACUGGCUUAA